GAAAGUCGCGAUCAGGAGAUGACGCUACGAUUGGGAAGCCAGGCGCCAAAUUUUGCAGCGAAUACUACCCAUGGUAGUUUAGAAUUCCAUGAUUUUAUAAAAGAUAGCUGGACUAUGCUGUUCUCACAUCCAGAUGAUUACACUCCAGUUUGUACAACAGAACUUGGAGAAUUGGCAAAAGUUGAGGAUAAGUUUUACGAGAGGGGCGUCAAACUUAUUGGAUUGUCAGCCAAUGACUUAAAUUCCCACUAUGGGUGGAUAAAGGAUAUUGAUGAAUUGCACAAUACAAAGUUGAGAUUUCCAAUAAUUGCAGAUAAGAAUAGGGAAGUUGCGAGAUUGUACGAUAUGCUGGACGCUUUGGAUCCUACGAAUGUCGACCAUUUGGGUAUUCCGCUCACUGUCCGGACAGUUUUUAUUAUUGAUCCUUCGAAAACGAUACGUUUGAUGAUGAGUUAUCCAGCCAGCACCGGUAGACACUUCGGCGAGCUCCUCAGAGUUAUUGAUAGUCUUCAAUUGGGUGAUAAGUACAAAGUGACGACACCAGCGAAUUGGCAACAAGGUGAUAGGGUUAUCGUACACCCGUCAGUCAAGAAUGAUGACUUAGAGAAAACUUUCGGUACUGAAGUCGAGCAUUUGAAGCCCUACCUCAGAUUAACAAAGGAUCCGUCGAAUAAUUGAUCGAUAUAAAGGAGCUAGAUUGCCCAAACUAUCAAUAAAAUAGUAUUUGGGUUAUUCCGUAUGUACAAUUAGAACCGCAUAUAAUUAUCAUUGCUUUAUACAUUUGACAUUUUCAAUGUGAAGAGUUGAAGGUUAUACAUCUGAUACAGUGUCUCAUGCUAUAAACCGUAUUGGAAGAACAGAUUACACACUGAUAGAGGCUCACGUACUCAAUGAGGGUAACUAGAUUAUCGGACUAUAUUUGUACUAUUUGUCAUAAUGUCCACAAGAUUAUAUCUUCGUAGAUGUUUUGAUCAUACCUUCGUUUAGCUCAAGGAAAUCUCUAUUCUGAAUGAAGCUAUGAGGGAGAACACUUGAUUUUUGCAUACAAUCGAAGAUCAA